CGCAGCUGCAGCGACCAGCCCCGAUGCAAACCAGUGAACGAAUCAGUUGCUUUUCGGUGGAAGUUAUUUUCUCGAUUCGACCACGAGAGUCAGGAUCUGCAAUCUAUUUGUGCGCAGUUUCCAGGGAGAGUGUUGGAUUCUGGAGAGGACCGAAUCACUGCAGAGGAUACAGAGGGGUAUUUCCGGCACGUAAAGGUUUCUGAUCGUCGUUGUCCUUUCUAGUACAAACACCGUCCACACCGUCCUGAAGGAGUGAUAAAACUGUGGAGCUUAUUCGUCGCCAAACGGAUAUGAGCGCGAGAGGAGAAUACUAAUGAACGGCGCGCUGCGACCUACCGAGGCGCAACGCGUCCUCAACUAAUGCUGACGGCCAGUGGAGAGCCGAUCAAUCAUCCAGACCGCACCUGGGCCUGAGCACCACCUCAGUCUCCACGUGAGGAAUUUUACAUCCUCAACCUAGGAAUUAAUGAGUGGGAUCUAAGCACCAGAGCUAUUUUUUCCAGAGGCGCUGAUAGAAAAAAAAUCCUGCAGCUGCUGCACAAGGUAGAAAAAGCAAAAACAAAACAGAAGAAAAACUAAAUAAAUAAAUGCCAAAAUGGGCAACAGUUUCUCCAACAUCUCUGCCUUCCAGUCUCUUCACAUCGUCAUGCUGGGAUUGGACUCUGCAGGGAAGACCACAGUUCUUUACAGACUCAAAUUUAAUGAAUUUGUCAACACAGUUCCAACAAUUGGUUUCAACACUGAAAAAAUAAAGCUGAGUAACAGCACUGCAAAGGGCAUCAGUUGUCAUUUCUGGGACGUGGGAGGCCAGGAGAAGCUGAGGCCCCUGUGGAAGUCCUACAGCCGGUGCACUGAUGGGAUCAUUUACGUUGUGGACUCUGUGGAUGUUGACAGGUUGGAGGAGGCCAAGACUGAACUGCACAAAGUCACCAAAUUUGCUGAGAAUCAAGGGACACCACUGCUGGUCAUCGCCAACAAGCAGGACCUGCCCAAAUCUCUUCCAGUGUCAGAUAUUGAGAAGCAGCUGGCUCUGCACGAGCUCACCCCCUCCACCACCUAUCACAUCCAACCUGCCUGUGCUAUAAUAGGUGAGGGGCUUCAUGAGGGUAUGGACAAACUGUAUGAAAUGAUACUGAAGAGGAGGAAAUCCCUAAAACAGAAGAAGAAGCGGUAACAGAUGUUAAUUCUUUGGACAGUGUCAGUCCAAUUUACUUUAAGGAAUCCAGGUUCUGCCAGUGUUGCCCCAAACAGGUUUACUUUGCAGUUAUUUUUAAAAGAUAUUCUCUCUUUGGAUUAAAGCUGUUCAACGCUUUGAUGCUGUGAAUGAUGCUUUUGCACACUGGAGGCUGCCUCACUGGCUGCAGUAGAUAAAAUACAUACUAAGGUAAACCAAAAAGACAAACUAUUAAAUGAAACUUGAAAUGACUACUCAGAGCUACAGCACUGAGGAAGAUAAAGAGGCUGGCCCUUUUGUCUGCUGGUUUAUAAUGGACUUUGAAAACAGUUUGAUUCUGAAGAUGUGCUGUAGGUCACUGAAGAGUUUUAUGGGCUCAAAUAUUUGUUAUUUCCAUCCACACAAGGAGGUCAGCAGAAGGUGGAUUGGACACUUGUCCUGUGCUGUUUUGUUUUUUUUUUUUGUUUUUUUGUUUUGUUUUGUUUUGUUGUGGGGUGGGUAGACAUCUGCAGUAUCAGUCUUUGAUUAUGGAUGUGAUGCAGACUUUUUUUUUUUUUUUUGGAGCAUUAAAGUAGCCUUUCCUCCACAUGGUGGACUGAGAACAAAGAGUCCACUACUUUGCACUUUUCAUUUCCAAACAAACAGUAAAGAACUACACUGUAUUAUUAAGGGAGCAGAUCCAGGUGGUUUAUGUACUCAGAAGCCAAAAUCAAAUUAUUUUUUGAAUAUUAAAAGAUUU